GCUCGAGGAGGAGUAGCCAUGGAAACGGCGCGAGCGGCGAUUUCCACCCGUCGGCAGCGCUGAGCACCCGAGUUUACAGAGAGGGAGCACUGACUGCCCCAAGCCAGUCCCAUACAUACCAACAUCAGUGGCGUUUCUAUCGUUUUCGAGAAAGAAAUCCGUGAAUUCUAUAUAGAAUUUGAAAGUGACACAGGAAGAAACCAGUUUGGCUCGAGAAUAUUCCUUCAUGAUCGAUUUUACCCGCAGCCAAAAUUUACAUUUUUUAAAAAAAAAUUAAAAAUCUGUCCACCUCGACCAAUCCUGGUUCUUUUUGAAAGGACUUCUGUUCCUUAGGCCAUCGCUGGUGCGAGAUUUACAACAGAAACACUGGGGAAUGGCUGUUAAUGUGUAUUCGACAUCAGUAACUAGUGAGAACAUGAGCAGGCAUGACAUUAUGGCCUGGAUAAAUGACACAGUAUGUUUAAACUACACAAAAAUUGAACAGCUUUGCUCAGGUGCAGCAUAUUGCCAGUUUAUGGAUAUGUUAUUCUCGGGCUGUAUUAGUUUGAAGAAAGUAAAAUUCCAGGCUAAAUUGGAACAUGAGUACAUACACAAUUUCAAACUGCUACAGGCAUCAUUUAAGAGAAUGAAUGUUGAUAAAGUUAUUCCAGUAGAGCGGUUGGUUAAAGGUCGCUUUCAGGAUAACUUAGAAUUCAUUCAGUGGUUCAAAAAGUUUUUUGAUGCAAAUUACGAUGGUAAAGAAUAUGAUCCUGUGCUUGCUCGACAAGGUCAAGAUGCUAUUCCACCACCUAAUCCUGGUGAACAGAUUUUUAAUUUGCCAAAGAAGGCAGUCAGCUCUCCAAGUGCAGGUGCUGCUGCUUCAAAAAGCACUCCAUCUCCUAAAUCAGCGUCAACACCAUCUAGGCCAACUUCAGCUCAAGCUAGAAAGGCACCAGGAGCAAAAAGUGGUGGUGAUGCAGAAUCACAUAUUGCACAAUUGAAUGAGCAGGUGAGUUCAUUAAAACUCGCACUGGAAGGAGUUGAGAAGGAGAGGGACUUCUACUUUGGAAAACUGAGAGAAAUUGAAUUGAUUUGCCAAGAACAUGGGCAGGAGAAUAUUGACCUUGUUCAGCGACUUAUGGAUGUGCUAUAUGCUACCGAUGAAGGAUUUGCCGUGCCAGAUGAAGUUCAGGUUCAGGGUGAAGAACUGACUCAGGAGCCAGAAGAGUAUUAACUGGCAACAUGAGCAUUCACUUGGAAUGAAGAGUACACUGAGGACUUCAUGGAAUGAAUUGCUUCAGUUUGAACAUUAGCCUUUUAUCUUCCAUACUCUGCAACAGCAAAGUACUGUAUUCCAUACCCAUUAUCUUACCACCAUGCAUUUACAGCCAUUAUGUUUCUUUACUGAAAAAAUGUGGUAAUUUUGGGACUAAAUUUAACCAUUUGCAUUAUGGCUUAUGAGAAAUAUGGUUUGACAAAACAGUUGAUUUCAAAAGUUCCAUAUCCAUCAUCAAAGGUUUUAUCAAGUAUGUUUGAUGAGCAAAGAUGCAGUAUUAGAAUUUUAUACUCACCAUGUUUAUUUUCCUUUAAACCUGCUACAUGGAGAGUAACCCAUCACUUGCAUUCUGCACGUUACACAGGCAAUGAGUGUGAACCUGUUUGUAUAUGAAAACAGUUUGAGGAACGGAUUCUGAAUUACUUGUAAAGAAAGGCUUAUUAAGCUGGAAUUCACCUGUUUUGAAAAUUAUCCACAAUUUGUUGCAUGAUGGGGUAGAUUUGUUUCCAAAACGUAAAUAAUUGCUAUUACUUUUAUCUUUCUACUUAUUUAAUAAUAAAUUGGUUGUGUGUUUUAUAUUGUGGUCUGUGUAUAAAGGUCUUCAUAAGGAAACUACUAGUGCAGUGAUAUAAUACACAUAGAAAAUCACAUUCAUCAGGAGUUUGUGUUUAAAAUCACCAAAAUUAUUCUGACAGCCCAAUAGUAUUCACAUAUAUGGGCAGAAGGAAAAUGAAUACAAUAAUAGUACAGAUGUACAGGGUGGGUAAUAUGAUCUGGGAACUGUAUCAACACCAAUAAAGAUACAAGUCUGAAUGACAAUCUUGGGAGAUGGUGCACAUCAGCUUUCCCUUGAUUUUUUUUUUAAAAAAAGUACUAGGCAUGGAUUAAUUAGAGUUAUAGAGUAAUUAUAGCACUGAUGCAGCCCACUAGGCUAAUCUGGAACUACAAACAAAAUCAAGGAGUUGGCCUUACUGCAUUAAUCAUACUAACUUGUGAGUCAGCUCAAGGAGUGACUUCUAAUAAUUUUGUUAGCAGUAAAAGUAGACCUCAUUUUCCGAAGGAAAUGUUGGAUAGUGAAAGGAAAAAAGCAUUAUGCAUGCAAAUGAAAAAUCAUACCUGGGAUGUAUUAAUGGCAUAGAAAGGGAAGACUAUGUUUCAACUGAUCAGUGAUGUCAAAACCUGUUACGAUAUGUACAUAUCAGGCAAAUGAGUGCGAUCUUAAUAUACGAGUUCUGUACAAGAUGAUAUACAUACGUUUCUAUCAUGAGUUUAUUCUCAUGUUUGUGUUUUGCUUUUUGUUCAUUCUUCACUUGAGUUUUUAUAAAACAAAAUUGUAAUAGAUCUGUCAACUGUAACUAGGCUACUGCUAAUGUGUCAAGUAUGUAUAAAUGUAGGCUGUUUUGGUUUGUCUAUUUCCAAUUGUAGAAUUGGAUAAUGUGUUAAUCCAUAACACUUUUUAAUACUUUAUUUGGCAACUUAACACAAUUUCCCGCUAAAAAUAUUAGGGAUAUGGCUGACCAUUUUGUUGAGCAAAAAUAAAUCUGAACUACAUGAUUGUUUUUGAGAUACUCAUUAGCUUUUCAUGUAGGAGGGAGAAUUUGAUUCCUAGUUUACCAUAUGUGAAGAAAUGCUUCUGAUAUUACCCCAUCGUAACACAUAUCUCUAAUUUUAGGGAUAUGUUCACUUGUGCUAGACUCCUCCAUCUGAGGGAACAGUUCCUCUCCAUCGACCCUAUCAACUCUUAAACAUCUUAAACAGUUCAAUCAGAUCACUUAACUGUGCACAGUAAAUGGAAUAUAAGCCUUGGCUAUGUGACCUGCUCUCAUAAAUCAUUUUGUCCCUGUACCAUUCUCUUUUCAAGCUGCUUUUAUUUGGUGCCACCACACUUCACCUUCUCCCAGUCUCUCGGCCUUCUUUCAACCCUAUUGUGUGCAUGCAUUCAUCUGGUCAUAGGCCUUCCUCUUCUUCUUUCUGGUAGUCUUUGUUUCCAUCUCUUGCCUCAUCAUUUAUCCUCCCUGUCUUCACAACAUAUUACCACACCAUUCUCAACUACUUCAAUGUUUCCACCAUCUUCACUAAACCCCUAAUAUACUGAUUUCUGAUCUUUUCCUUUCUAUCACUCCACACAUUAGUCUUAGUAUUUGCAUCUCAUUAGAAUCCAGUUCUGCUGCUCCUGACGUCACUGAAGUUUCUGACUUAUAAAUUAUCUUGGAGUCAUCCUUUUGUGAUAGGAAACUAUUGCUUAAAAUUAAAACAUGCACUUCUAUUUACUCCAACCAGAGCUGAUCCAUUUCCUGAUUUCCAUUUCUGCACUUCUGCCACCAAUGACUCAUGCCAUAAUUUUUACAUUUUCACUCUGAUCCUCCUACCUACACUCAAACUAUCAGUCCUUAAAGAUGCUGCCUUAAAAUACUGUGUGUACUCGUGUAAAAGUUGAAUUUUUUAGACUUUGAGUAAAUUUAUGGGGUUGACAAUGACAUUUGAGAGGCUGAAAUUCAUGCUACAGUCCAAAAUGCUGUAUCAUUACCAGAAGCCCAAUUGAUCUGUAAGUAAAUAAAGGAAAAAGUGAAUUACAGUAAUUACUGGAUAAAGACAAUAGUAGUAAAAUGAAUUAGUAAGCUUUUAUUUAUACAUAGAAAAUAUGGCUAUAAAUUACAAUUAUGUGGUACAUCUUAAACAAAUUAAAAUUAAUUGACAUCUUAAUUAGCUUUUUUUCUGCCAGUUUCUGAUUACAAACUGCUGAAACUGUAAUAUCCGGUUCAGCAGGCAGCUUUUAUGCAUCUUAGUUCUCUGCUGAAAUAGUAAGUCAUGCCUUCUCAUGAACCUUGUGCACCAUCCAGCACUUGCCUUAAAAUGUGAAAUUCCAUCCUCCUUUGAUUUGUUUCAUGCAUAGUUUCAAAUGACUUCACAACUAAUACACUUUCCAUUCUGAUGAUUUUCAAGUACCCACUCCAACUUUUUUCUGCAAUUGCAGCGGCUACUUGCUAGGUUUACCUCUCUUUGGCACACUUUCGUUUUGGCAUUGUCUGAAAUUGGUUUGAUAUCUUUCUCCAGUCUGUCAAGUUUCUUUGAAACACAAUUCUUGAUCUGCUAUGCAGUUAUUUGUCUUCUCUACGACUUCAGUAACUUUCAGUUUAAACAUUGCUGUAAAAUUUUUGCUUUUUCUGGAUGGCAUUUUUACACAAAAUGAUGAAAAAAUUUCAAAACCUCAACUAGGUAUAUGACUGUAUUCUGCAAGCAUUAUAGGGGAACUGAGCUCAGCUGAGCUGUACACAAAGGGACAAAAACAAAGUUGCUGGAAAAGCUCAGCAGGUCUGGCAGCAUCUGUGAAGGAAAAAAGAGUUAACGUUUCGGGUCCGGUGACCCUCCCUUAGAAUUGAGGAAGGGUCACCAGACCUGAAACGUUAACUCUGAAGGGAAAAACACAGAUGCUACCAGACCUGCUAAGCUUUUCCAGCAACUUUGUUUUUGUUCCUGAUUUACAGCAUCCGCAGUUGUUUUGGUUUUUAUGUAGAUAAAGGGAGGUUGUCACCUGACACUGACCUGCUGCAUCUUAAACUUGCGUGCUAAAUUAAUGUGAAUUGUACAUCAAAACACAAUAGCACAAAAAAAAUUUCCUUAUUGUAACAUUUGUGUACAGGAUAAUGCCUUGGCUCAAAAAUGUUGAUCUGUUAUCUGUGAAGAAGUAGGGUCGACUUUUACAUGAGAUAUAUGGGAAAUCCCAGAUUUUCUGGCCAAAAGUACAUGGUUGACUUUUACACGAGAUCGACUUUUUUACUCGAGCAUAUGUGGUACUUUCUCCAGUUCUCUAGAAACUCAAUCAUGUUCUCAUCAUUCCCAUCACAUAGCUCAAAAUCAUUUAGGAAUGGGCUCCGUGCCAGUUCUUGCUGCAAUCCAGCUUUGGGCUUUUGAAACACUCACUGUCACCACACUGCUUCUUACACUUGUCUGGCACUCUUUAUACAUGUCCUGCAGUAAUUACAAGUAAUUCAGAAGAACUCUGUGAAUUCUAGCAGAUCUCUACUCUUCCUCUCUAGGUAGAUGGUCAUGAGCUUUCUCCAGAUUUAUGACCAGUUAUAUUCAAGUGUUAUUGGGGAAAUGUUAUAAAGGAUGUAAUAGCAGAACAUUUGGAAAUACAUAAUAUAACUAAGCAGAGUCAGCAUAGCUUAAGGCACUACACUUUAAACUAUUUAGAUAAGAUACUUAAGAUGGUGUUGGAUGUAGUAUAUUAGCAUGGGUUGAGGAUUAGCUAAGUGAUGGAAGAAUUGGGAUAAGGAGACAUUUUAAAAAUGGCAGUCUAACUAGUGGAAUACCACUGCUUUUGGUGCUGGGGCCACAUUUAUUUACAAGAUAAAUGACUUGGAUAAGAAAAGUGUAUCAUUGCUAAGUUUAUAAAUAACACAAAAAUAAGUGGGAGACAACAGGUAUGAAUGACAGUUUGCAGAGGAAAAUAGACCGGUUAAGCGAGUGGGCAUAAACUUGGCAGAUGGAAUAUAAUGGGAAGUUGUACUUUGAGACUAUGAGGAAGAAUAGAGGAGUUGAAUAUUAUUUAAAUGGAGAAAGAAUGCAGAAAGCUACAGAUCAGAGGGAUUUGGGAGCCUCAUGCAUGAAUCACAAACAGCUAGCAUCCAAUUUCAGCAGGUUAUAAGGAAGGAAAAUAAAAUGUUUUAUUUCAAGAGGACUGGAGUUUAAAAGUAGAGAGGUUUGGUAAAACUGUAAAAGGCAUUGGCAUACUGUGUACUUUUUCGGGCCCCUUAACUGUGGAAAGAGAUGCUGUCAUUGGAGGCAGUCCAGAGAAUGUUCACUAGGUUGUUCCUCGAUAUGUAGGGAAUGCCUUCUGAGGAGAGUUUGAGUAGAUUGGGUUUGUACCCACUGUAAUUUGGAAGAACAAGAGGCUACCUUAUUUAAAUGUACAGUAUUCUUAAUGGGAUUCGAUAGUAGAUACAGAAAGUUUUUUUCCCACCUUGUGUGAGAGUCUAUGUCUGGAGUGCGUAAUCUCAGAAUGAGUAUACACCCAUUUAAAACAUGAAUAAUUCUCUAAAAGUAGUGAAUCUGUGGAAUUGUUCACUUCAGAUUGCUGUUGAGGCUGGGUUGUUAAGUGCAUUCAUGUGCUCAGAUGGACAUAUUUUUAAUUAACAAGGGAAUCCAGGAUUAUGAAAAAAAACAGGGAAGUGGAGUUGAGGAUUAUCAGAUCAGCCAAGAUCUCAUUGAAUGGUCUACUUCUGUUCCUACAUCUUAUGAUUACCACCAUUUUUUCCUUAGUCUCUGCUCCCUGAUUCGCAUAUCUUGAUGGCAUGUGAAUUGGUCUUUUCAUUCCAUAUUAUUCUGUUAAUUUUUCACCACACUUUCUAAGGCCGCUGGUACUCAGAACUGAAAGUAGUGUUCUAAAAUGGAAUAAAGGCAAAAUAUUGCAGGUACUGGAAAUGUGAAACCAGCUCAGAAGGCUGAGAAAACUCAGCCCAUCUGGCACCAUCUGUGGAGAGAGAAACAGUUAAUGUUUCAAAUGCAAUAUGUCUCUUCUGAAGAACAGUCAUUCCAGACUGUUUCUCUCUCCACAAAUGAUGCCAGACCUGUUGAGUUUGUCCAGCCUUCUGUGUUUGAUUUUAAAAUGGAAUCUGCACAAUGCAUAAUGUAAUUAACGUGACUUCUAUCCCUUUCGAUUUCAACUCCCUGUAGGACCAAUAUUCAUGGCGUAUUUUGAUUUUUUUUUUUUACCUGUCCACUAGCAUUUUAGCAAUUUCUGUUUUGAGUCCUUAAAUCUCUGUGCUGUCACAGUUCCUAGCUUUCUGCAAUGAAGAAAAUACUGAUGUUUUAGAUCUAACUUCACUCGCCACAGUUUUUCACACUUGUGCAAGCUAUUAAUAUUCUUUUGAAAUAUUUUGCUCCUAGCUACACUGUUUACUUAUGUAUAUAUGGUGCUUGCUUCCAUUUAGGUCAUUUAAAACACUGAAAGUCUGAGGCCCCAGCAAAAAUAUCUCAUUGUAUUCUUCCAAUUCGAGUACAUGUGCAAUAUUCCUACUCUGUCUCCUACUCUGUCUCCUACCUUCUAAUCAAUUCUGUACCCAUGGCAAAUUGCAUCCAAAUCCAAUGUUAAUUCCAUGUUGUGGAAUGUUAUAGAAUGGCUUAUUAUACUCCAUAUAAAUAACAUCAAUAGACAUUUUAUUGUGCAGCAUAUUAGUUAUUUCACUUAGUCUUGUUAGACAUGGUGUAAACUUCACAAAUUUGCCCUGUUCUAUGUCAAAAGAUUUUUUGAUUUGUUUGUAGCAUAUUUUUCUUAGCAAAUGUUCUCAUUUCACUCUGUUUUCUUUUGCAAUUUAAAAGCCUGCAGGGUUUUUCUCAAUAUUAAUUGAGAAAUUGUUACAAUGACCAUACUUAAACCCACAACCUAUUUUUCUGGAUGUAAAAAAAAUCUUCAGCUGCUAUUAACAUUUUGCAACAGCUGAUAUACUUUUCAUUUUACUGGUUUGUUUAUUGAAAUUAACAGUCGAUGUCCACAACAGGAGCCAUAAUUUACAUUAUAAUAUACUUACCAGUCCUAACUAUUUAUUUAAUACCUUUUGGGUACCUGUUAUUGGUAUAGGUACUUUUUUAUUGGUGUGUUUGGGUUUAAUCAGACUUUGGGCUCUGGUUAGAUUAACAUCAAUAUUGAUACAGUUAUGCUUAAAUAAUUGAUGCAAGUGCAGGUUAAAAUGAUCAUCACAAGUUAUUUAACUGACGCAGUACUUUUUGUUCUUAAGUUGUGCUGAAGGUCUAAAACUAUUUCUUUGAAAAGUGGAUACUUUAAUCAAAAUCCUUGCAAAGUAUUGCAUUUUUUCAACAAAAAUGAUUCUUUGCCUUUUCCAAUCCAAAAUGGCUAAGAAACAGCUUGCUUGGAAUGUAGGAGCACAUUCUGGGCUAUACUAUUCUGUGAGAAAGGAUCUAUAUUUAUGAUAUAGGACUAAAUCAUUAGCAAGUUAAGGUGUACUUGAUCUAACUUUUUUCCAGAUGAUAAAGUAUAUGAAAUAUUUUUAAAUGGAGAGGAAUUGCAGGUCACUGUAAGAGGACCUCUAGCAGCAGCGCUUCCGUGAAAUGAGGGACAAAAGAUUUCUUCAAUCUGAUGUGAACGACAGGCUUAAUUCCUUGUAAAUAUGCUGUUUUCAUAGUUUAACCUUAAUUUCCCUCCAUGUUUGUAAAGGCCUGAUGCUAGUAGAAUAAAGAAUGCCUGCUUCAUGA